AUGUCGUCCUCUGCUUCCGCAGAAAAGAAGGCUCCGGCCGCCAUUCCUGAUGGCACCACCGACUACAAGCCUCUGCGCUCCGGUCCCGCCUAUGAUCCUGCCAAGGUGCACAUUGCCGACACUCCCAUGACUUGGUCCAACUGGCACAAGCAUGUCAACUGGCUCAACACCACCCUUAUCAUCAUCAUUCCCAUGAUUGGCUUCAUCUCAGCCUACUGGGUGCCUCUCCAGCUCUAUACCGCCAUUUUUGCCGUCAUCUACUACUUCAACACCGGCCUGGGGAUCACUGCUGGCUACCAUCGUCUCUGGGCUCACUCCUCCUACAAGGCCUCCACUCCCCUCAAGAUCUACCUCGCCUUCGUCGGUGCCGGUGCCGUUGAGGGCUCCAUCCGCUGGUGGUCCCGCGACCAUCGCGCUCACCACCGCUACACCGAUACCGACAAGGACCCCUACUCGGUCCGCAAGGGUCUCCUCUACUCCCACCUCGGCUGGAUGGUCUUCAAGCAGAACCCCAAGCGCACCGGCCGUACUGACAUCACCGACUUGAACGAAGACCCCGUCGUCGUCUGGCAGCACAAGAACUACCUCAAGUCCGUCAUCUUCACUGCCCUCGUCUUCCCUACCGUCUUCUGCGGCCUUCUCUGGAACGAUUGGCUCGGUGGCUUCGUCUACGGCGGUAUUCUUCGUAUCUGGUUCGUUCAGCAGGCCACUUUCUGCGUCAACUCGCUUGCCCACUGGCUCGGCGACCAGCCCUUUGAUGACCGCAACUCCCCCCGUGACCACGUCAUCACCGCGCUCGUCACCCUCGGCGAGGGCUACCACAACUUCCAUCACGAAUUCCCCUCCGACUACCGCAACGCCAUUGAGUGGUGGCAGUACGAUCCUACCAAGUGGGCCAUUUGCCUCUGGAAGUUCCUCGGCCUUGCCACCGACCUCAAGCAGUUCCGCUCCAACGAAAUCGAAAAGGGUCGCGUCCAGCAGCUCCAGAAGAAGCUCGACCAGAAGCGCGCUGUCCUCGACUGGGGCACACCCCUCGAGCAGCUCCCCGUCAUCUCCUGGGACGACUUCGUCGCCGACUCCAAGAACGGCAAGGCCCUCGUCGCCAUCGCCGGUGUCAUCCACGACGUCACCAACUUCAUCAAGGAGCACCCCGGUGGCAAGGCCCUCAUCAGCUCUGCCAUCGGCAAGGAUGCCACCGCCAUCUUCAACGGUGGUGUCUACCUCCACUCCAACGCCGCCCACAACCUGCUCUCCACCAUGCGUGUUGGUGUCCUCCGCGGUGGCUGCGAGGUUGAGAUCUGGAAGCGUGCCCAGUUUGAGAACAAGGACGUCUCUUAUGUCAAUGACUCCACCGGCCAGCGCAUCAUCCGCGCCGGUAACCAGGUCACCAAGGUCGUCCAGCCCGUGGCCAGUGCUGAUGCCGCGUAA